AUGAAAUUCCCACUAACCCAUAGGUCUUAUUAUCUAAAUCCUGAAUCUAAACUUGCACAUGAUCAAGUUUUUACUGAACUUCCACAGUCUCCACACUUCAGCCCACUUGAAAGUUUCAGAAGUGAAAACAUAAAAGAAGGUAUCAAGUUAGGAUGUGACUUAGCCUUCUUGUUCUUGGUUCAGAAACUUCGUAACCUGAAAGAUUCCUCUCAUUUUCUUAGUGAGGUUGGUAGUUUGACCGCAGAGUUUGAGGGGUUUGAAGAAUUGGGCUAUGAUUUGACAAAAAUAAAACAGAGAUUCAAUCUGCUGAAGAGAAGAGCUGAAGAAGAAAAGGGUUGGAAAAAUGAAGUUGUAAAGCUAGAAGAAGAAAAGCUAGAGAAAGAAGAAAGCGUUGAAGAAAAAGAAUUUCUUCUGGUGGAGUUAGCGAACGAGUCUGUGAAGAUAGCUAAGGAAGUGAAAUUGGAGAGGUCAGAGAUUGAGAGGAUUGAGAAUAAGAAGAGGAAGGUGAUGGCUGAUCUGAAUGUGAAUGAGUUUGAAAAGUUAUCUAAUAAGCCAUGGUAA